AUGGAAAGGAAAAAACUGCACGUUCCAAUUGAAGGCUCAAAAAUAGUGUGCUCAAAAGACUGUUUAAGAAAGAAGAAUAAUGAAGAGGAUAUGCUUAAGAAAAUGGAGGAAGCAAUUGACAACUACAAGAAAGACCUGGCUGAGAGGGACUCAAAACUGGAAAUCCUAGAGUCGGAGGCUGAACAAAAAGUAAACUAUUUACUGGAAGAACUGGAAAAUAGAAGAAAAGAAGAUGAAGCAAAAGCAAACUACAUUAAAAGGUUGAAAAGAGCAUCUAUAGACUUCCAGGAUGAGGUUAUGACUACUGAAGAAAAUUUAUUGGAAAAAAUCAGGGAUUUGGAAAGUCAUAUAGCUAGGCUCCAUACUGAAAAAACGCAGCUUGAUCAAAGAAUCUUAGAGCUACAAGAAGAACUACACGAAGCUAUGACUCAGCUUACGAAACUCCAAGGAAAUCUAAAUGAAAAUGAUUUACUGAAGAAUAACAUGCUUACUUCAAUCGAAACACUAUCAAUUGAAAAUGAACUAUAUAGAGGAGAGCUGAAGAAACUGCAUAAUGCUAAUUUUGAACUCGAGCAGGAAUUCAAAGGAAUUCAGCAAGAGAAAGGUCUCGAAAAAAAGCCAUGUGCGAAUAAAAAUCUCCCGUCAGACCAAAUACUCAGAAAUCCGCCCCGAUCACCCCCGAGAAUACCUACUCAAGGUAUUUAUAAGAAACCAUCUAAUAAAAAAAAAUGCUUUUGA